UUGACUGGAGCUUGCUUUAUUACAAACCAAAGUCAUCACAUUGGCAAAGAUGAAUAAAAUCUGUAAAUUUUUGCAUGGUACCAUGAGGGCCUAAUUUAGGUGAUGGAAACUUCAUGAAAAUCUCUUUGCGUUGUAAAAAUUAAGAGCAGACAUGAAUUAUUACAGUUGCUCAGUAUAACUUAAUAGGAUGGAAACUCAGUAAGCUUCUGUAAUUUGGUUGCUCUAGAGUCCUGUGGCCAUACCACAAAUUUCUUCAUGCCUCAUACCAUGGAUUUCUUCAUGCCCCAUGUACAGCAUAGCCUGCUGCAGCCUGCCUGAGAAAUGGGACAAGUGUGCUUAGCUAGGAGUUGGAUCCACUAUAGUAAGAUUAUCCCAAAGCUAUACAGACCUCAGCAAGCAGCUAUUUUAAGCAGGGAAUAACACAGAGCAAGAGCAAACAGCCACAAAACAUGUCCAGCUGUCUCCAGUUCUAGAAUUCCAGGGUGGACAGUGUUGCUGUGGUGUGCUUACCAUGAGCCUCAGUUUUUAGAGCACUGGAAUAGUCUUGACUUGUACCAUAGAAGCCCGCUCAGGAAGCAGCAGGAGGUUUCUGCAUGUGUCUGUCGGUCCGAACCACCAGGGGGGACUCAUUCCUCAUCUAUAACUUUACUGCAGCAAGUAUCUGAAAACAACACCAAUGCUUGGACCAGGUCUAGAAAGUCAGUUCAGCAGAGAGCUGGUCUUCGUUUAUAUUAAGAGAACUUUUAUGUAAAAUCUUGUCAAUCUGCAGUGCUCUUUCCACUCUGCCCGUGAGUGCAUCAGCCACCCAAAGCACUGGGCAGCAACGCCAGACCAAGUCUGGCCACAGAGGGAUGCGUGUUCAGCUGGGAAGUCCUGUAUAUCAGUGGGGUACGGUCAGUGCCGCCUCCUGCCCGCUGCAGACUGACCUGGGAUGUGUGCUAAACCUCUUGGACUGACAGAAGACUCAGCAGAGAGCCUGGCUUGUCUUCUCACUGAUUAAACUCCUUCACACCACUGGUCAUGGCUUUGUGGUUGAAAGGAAUUUUUUUUUUGGCUGUACAUGCAAAAAGUAGCUCUUCUUUAGUAGCUGCUUCAUUGCUCCUUUGCGGCUGUCUCACUACUCCAUUUCUUUUUUCCAGCUAUUACUGCCUUCCUGAUUUAUUUCAAUUCCACUGCAUGUCUUACUAUUUUUAAGAAAAAAUUGUCCAUCUUGAAACAGAACUGUGUUAUUGCUAUGAUCACAAAGGGCGUAUAUGUUUUAUAGCAUCCUGUUAACAGCAAAAAUCUCUGUGUGAUAUAUGUACUCUGGAGAUCUGUCAGGAAAGUUAAACAAUUUUGUAUUCCCACUUAAAAGCCAAAUGCUAGAAAUUUCUUAAAAAUCUUAACUCUAUCAGACCAGGGGGACUCUUCUUGUGGUCUAUAGAAGGGUUUGGAAAUACAGAAGAGAAUUCUCUAGCGGCAUUAAAUUUUCAAAUUUUUAUCUCAUUUUGUGAAUUAUUACAUGUAGUAGCUCAUUAGUUGGUACUUUCAGGCACUUUUAAUUGAAUUUUCACCUUCCUUAACUAAUCUGGGAACUACCCCCAUCCCUGGGCACAAUCAGUCAUGGUUUUGUGCACAUCGUUAUUCCUAAAUUAUCUUUUGUGUUACAUGUUUAGACUUCUAUAAAACAAUUUUUUAAUCUUCUGCUACUUUAUCUUUAUAAUAUGUAAAAUAUAACCCUGGUAUGCACAGAAGUUGUGAGAAUAAAAUCUUUUAGGCGCUGUGAUGGGGAAUGGGGAGAGUUACAACAAUUAACUUGUUUUUGUUGUAAUUUUUAUUGAGUUUCUAGCUUAGCACAAACUCAAAUACCUGUCUAUUUUACAUACUGCUUAUUUUUCUUAAAAAAAACCCAAACAGUUUCUGAUCUAAGAGAAGUCAGCGGACAUAUAUGUGAACCAAUAAGGUAACUUGUGAGAAAAUAAUGUGCUUAAUCUCUGUAAGUCAUUCUUCCAUUAAAUUUGGUAGAUUUCCGUAUUUCAUUAUUGUGAGAAAAAAAAUUUAGUUGUGUUUCCUGUCAGUUAGCUGCGGGUUCUGCUCUCUGGAAUGAGGCAUUAGGCUUAAUUUGAUCUGUUCCCGUAACUGGGACCAGCAGUACAGGCAAAUAUGUAAUUCUUAGUGUAAUUCACUAACAGACAGAAAUAAUGGCAUGUAUCUAAUACCAAAAGUGCUUUAAGAGGGUUUUGUUUUGUUGUUUCAAACUUGAGUAUCAAAGUCUGUGACCUGGGGUGUUGUCAGCGUCGCAGAAUAAAAUCAGGUUGUAAGUUACCUUCAGCUGUGACAGAUUGUGUGUUCUUACAGAAACAUGCCAGUCAAAACUGGACAGCCUGUGUUAGUAAUUGACUCAUGUUUGGUGUCCCCCUGGCCCCAGGCCUGGGCAUGGCUCUGUGCUCUGGGCAAACCAUGCAGUGCUGCUUCUCCAGCAGAGACUGUGGGGAAGAGUGUGGGAGAAGAUGGCAGAGAGACUCUGGGAGACAGAUGUGGGAAUUAUCAGCUGUAAUUUUAUUGAUUUUUAAUUUUGUUCCCACUAAGAAGUAUAACUGUGAUAGAUACAACUUUGAAGGUGGUAUCUGACAUCAUGCAGGACAUCAGUGGUUCUACUCAAUAAUGUCAGAUGGUUGCAUUCAGCUCCAUUUGAAACACAUCCUCUAAUUACAUUCCUCCAGAUUUCAGGUGUAUUCGUAAAGCACAGUGAGCUUUGUAAGAAAUUUAUUAUGGAAACUUGUGAGAGAUAUUGACUACUGUAAAAAUAAAAGAAUGGACUUUGUUUUCAUCAAUUAUGGUUUUUUCUCUUCUUUAAUAUGUACAGGAAACUGUGUUUGAAAUUGUGCCUUUAAAAAUGUUAAACCUGAUGAGUCAACUAAACUUGCUCUUUACGUGCUUCUGGUACUCAUACUGUCAUUUCACUUCCCCAUUUCACACAGUUUUCCCUUUCGUUUUUCACUUGUGGUUUGAGCUGCAUUGUCUGGGGAAAAUGUAACAACAAAAGCAGGAAUUCUUUUUCUUAACAAAAUUUAGUGUGAUGACAACUGACGGUGAUGCAGUUGGAUUAACUAAGAUUGCAGAGAAUUUGAUAAAUAACAGAACUUUCCCUGAAGACAUGUGACUGACGAUGACUGUGCUGAAUUUGGUUCCUCUUUCUCCUAAACUAAGUUUUAUACCACUGAGUACUGAGCAAAAAGAAGUAACUAUGUUUGGACUCCUUUUUUUAAUUUUAUUUGCCCCUGGAGUCAGUGAGUUCCUCUGUACAUCAUCCGAUCUUGAAAUGUCAUAUACUUUUUGUGAUUCUACACCUCAUGCUUUCACAUUUCAUCUGACACCUUGCAGCAUGAUGAACAAACCUGUCUGGAAGGCUUCUCUUACCUGGAUUCCAAGAAGUGACAUCCAGUUUUUGAAGAUGGUCUUCCAUGUCUGGUAUGAUGAUGCCAAAGCACUCAUCUGGAAAGAACUCCUUUGCAGCGGAAUUGACGAUGAAUACUCAGUGUGCGGAACGCUGAAAGGAGAAACACUUGUAGCAGCAUUUGACAUUAAAGGUUCAAGAAUAACGUUUCCAAAGGGCAAUUAUAGUGUUGUUGUGCAAGGAUUCUCUGAUGAUUCUGAGAAUAAUAUGGUCAUAUGCUUGAAUUUCACCAUGAUAGUAAAACAAGAUGCUUUCUGAGUGCAACAAAAUCCAAAUAAUUCCAGAACACGGAGGUCACUUCUGUGAGCAACUGGAAGCCAAGCCGUGAAGUAAUAAGCACACUAAAUUUCCUGAGGUAGAAUACAUCAUGUGCUGUCUGGAAAGCUAUAUGAUAUAUAGUCUUACUCAUUUGUAGCACAGCCGUAAUCAGUUGCUCAGCCAAUGAACGCAAAAUCUCUGGGAAUCAGGCAUCCUGAUUAAUCCACAGAAUGACCCUGACUGGAUGUCAGGCUGGUACUGCAUUUUGGUGCUGUGACUUGAGUUACAAUAAAGUUGAGUCCUUCAGGCUGAGCUAAAGUAAUCAAGAAGUUUUGAAGUUUUGGAGUGCAAGAAUCAGAAGUUCAUCAGUACUCAAAAUAACACAGCAAUUGAAUUUGGGAACCCUGUUGUGAGGUGGAGGUGGGGAUUUUUUUUUGUUUGCUUGUUUUUUUUUUUUUUCUUCUCUUGUAACAAUAAAACUUGUUUGUACAGUCAA